GUUUAUCUUUCUUUUCGUUUUGUUUUCCGUCGGAUUGCCAAUCGAGUUCCAGACUGUCGAAUUUAUUCAUCCAUCUCUACACACACACACACACACACACCCACACAUGCAUUACUCCCAGAAGAACCGGUCGCUUUGAUUUGAUUGAGAAAGGAUAAAUUUGAAGAAAAGACCUCCCAAUCCAAAUAUUUUGUUUGGUCAUCAUUCAUACAUAUAGACCCAUUACACCUCAUACCUGCCCUGCACACAACGCGUCUCGUAAGUCGUCACGAAUCUCAAAACGACUUGUUCGAUUUCCACGGCGUUCGCUACACAAAGUCAAGGUGUCGAGUUAUCGUUUUUUCGCCUCGUCAUCCUUUCCUUCAUCUCCAGGGCGGCCGGCCGGACCACAAUGUCACCACCAAAGGGUCCGAGAGAGUUAUUUGCAGGGCCGGAAGAUGGCCCUGCAAAACCGUUUCCGAUAAGACUUCAAGGUCCUGUAAUUCAUGGGUUUGGACGUGGUAGUAAAGAGCUCGGAAUCCCGACGGCCAACAUCCCCGCGUCGGGUCUUUCGACUCAUUCCGACCUAGAAUCCGGGGUUUAUUUCGGUUUCGUCGGUCUGUCUUUGGCUCCGUCCAAGGACACCCCGUCGUCCUCGACCCUCGUCUACCCGGCCGUGCUCAGCAUAGGUUACAACCCGUUUUAUAAAAACUCGAUGAGGAGCGUAGAGAUUCACGUCCUGCACGACUUCAGCUACGACUUCUACGGCGCAGCCCUGAAUCUGUUGAUGUUGGGUUUCAUCAGGCCCGAAUACGACUACACGAGCCUCGAGGCCUUGGUGGAUGAUAUCAAGACUGAUUGUGAUGUUGCUAGACGUAGUUUACAAAGAGAGUCGUACCAAAAGUACAAGCACGAACCAUGGUUGAUGGACUUCGAAUGGAUCAAAGCGAUGGACGCUGACAAAUUGGAAAAGGAAGUCCUAAAGAAGGAUUGAAAAAACCAAAUAAUCGUGACUGAGGGAAGAACAAUAGAUUUCUUUCUUUACUUUUUUUCCUUUCUUUUUUUUGGGAAUUUCGAGGGACUGCCAACGAAAUACGAAUUAUACAAAGUCAUACUCUACGGAGAGCAUGUGACGGUCAAAAAACCAUACAUCUCAGCAAAACGAUAGAUUGGUAGAUAUGAAUGAGCAUUGAAAAAAAAGAGCUCAGG